UUUCCAUCCUCUAAGCUCCCUGUACUCUCGAAGCUUAAAAGCUUGACGUCCAUUUCAUUUGUUGGAAAUGGCUAAAUACAUCGCACAAAUAAUAGUCCUGGGUGCACAGGUAGUCGGUCGCGCUUUUGCCCGUGCUUUAAAACAAGAGAUAGCAGCGUCACAAGAGGCAGCAAAAAGAGCUGGCGGAGGUCCUGAAGGGAGCAGAAGAGCGGCUGCGAAUGCUUCUACAGGGCUCACACUAGAAGAAGCGAUGCAGAUACUUAAUCUAGACAAAAUAGACUCAGAACAAGUUCAGAAAAACUACAACCACCUCUUUAACGUCAACGACAAGUCAAAAGGUGGUUCCUUCUACUUGCAAUCAAAGAUAGUGCGAGCUAAAGAAAGGAUAGAUGUAGAAAUCAAGUCAAAAGAAACUACUAAACAGGAACAAAGUCCACCCAAUGUUUCGCCAUGAGACUUCUUUAUUCCUACGCUGGCUAGAUAAAUUGUGUUGGUUAUUAAUCCAGUUUUAGAUUGUUACUUUAUUUUAGUAGAAACAAAGUGAAUUUUGUAAAAUACUUUUAAUGCUUGUAAAUGUAUACCACAAUAGUGACUAGAAUAGGUACAUCAGUCUUCAAUAUUAUGUUGGUUAAAUAUAAAUGUUACAAAAUUUAUAAACCUACUGAGACUGUUAAAGUACAGAACCAUUACAUCCCUACUUAUUAAUAAUAAAUAAUAU